AUGAGAGCGGUUUGCCCCACCCAUCAGCCGCGCGCCGCUCCGCUCAGCUACGAUUCAGCGAGAAAACGAGCGAAAAUCGGCCGAAACGCGCACGUUCACCGGACUGAGCUGCGUCCGUCCGAGCGCGGGGUCGCCGAGCGCGCAGAGCAGCUGUUGUCAUCGCCGUGGCGGUGAUUUCGGGGCGGAUUAUCGGCGCACAUGCACAGCCCACCCGCGCGCGCUCUGAGCGGAGAGACACAGAAAGCGCAGCGCCGACACCGAGCUCGAGCUCUCUCUCUCUCCCUCUCUCCCUCUCUCUCCCUCUCUCUCUCACUCACACACACACAUACACACACACACACUCCCGGUUCGGCGGAGAGGAGCAGCAGGAGCGGCUAACGGAGAGAGAGGGAGAGAUGGAGCUCGGUGUGGCAGCCACAGCGCGAGGCGGAAUGCCGUCAUUUCGGUGGAAAUAUUUAUUUUUUUAAUUUGUUAUCCGCCGUUUCUCCCGUUUUCUCCCGUUUUCUCUGUUUGAGCUGUGAGCGAAGAUAAAGCGCUCCAUGGUUCUGGGAGCAGCGCAGGAUUCUGUCGUUAUUUUGGAGAAACUCGACGGGAAAUGUUCUAGAUCGUGUUUGGAUUAGGGGCCUUCUGGUGGGAACGGAGAACCAAACGCGUUCCUUUGAGCUGUGAAGAGGAGGAGGAUGCUGUGGAUGAAGAGCAGUAGGACCAGAGGAGAGAUCUUGUUGUUGCACUAAGAGGACUGGGCCGAGCGUGUGUGUGUGUGUGAGAGAGAGAGAGAGAGUGUGUGUGUGUGUGUGUGUGUGUGUGUGUAUGUAUGUGAGAGUGUGUGUGUGUGUGUAGACCGGCCUCUGUGUGCUUCUCCAGACCUCCUCUUCUCCUCCUUUCCUGGAGCUCCUCCUGAUCUCCAGCUCUGAUCUGCCUCCAGGAUCUGCUCUCGUGUUGGGGUGGGGGGGUGGGGGGUAUACCUGCACAUGUAAAUGUCACCGUUCUCAGUCCAGGUGUUUGGAUCUCCAGCUGACUGAGGAUCCUCUCUCUAAUUGGAUACUACAUUGACCCCCCCCUCGCCCCCUGCCGCCCCAGCCUCCCAAAGCAGAGCUCCCGCUGGGCGUUUGUGGGACGAUGGGUUGUUUGGGUAACAGUAAGACUGAAGACCAGCGGAACGAGGAAAAGGCGCAGAGAGAGGCCAACAAAAAGAUCGAGAAGCAGCUCCAGAAAGACAAACAGAUUUACAGAGCCACCCACCGGCUGCUGCUCUUAGGAGCUGGAGAAUCAGGGAAAAGUACAAUAGUCAAACAGAUGCGUAUUUUGCAUGUGAACGGCUUCAACGCAGAAGAGAAAAAGCAGAAAAUUCAUGACAUUAAGAAUAAUAUUAAAGAAGCUAUAGAGACUAUAGUGUCGGCGAUGAGCACUUUGACUCCUCCAGUCCAGUUAGCCUGUCCAGAAAACCAGUUCAGGAUCCAGUACAUCCUCAAUUUAGCCAAUCAGAAGGACUUCGAGUUCACUACGGAGUUUUAUGAAAAUACGAAGACUCUGUGGCAGGACGAGGGAGUGAGAGCGUGCUUCGAGAGAUCCAACGAGUAUCAGCUGAUUGACUGCGCACAGUAUUUCCUGGAUAAGAUUGACACCAUAAAGCAGAGUGACUAUACGCCUACUGAUCAGGACUUGUUGAGGUGCAGAGUUCUGACUUCGGGGAUCUUUGAGACGAGGUUUCAGGUGGACAAAGUGAAUUUUCACAUGUUCGACGUUGGCGGUCAGAGAGACGAGCGGCGGAAAUGGAUCCAGUGCUUUAAUGAUGUGACUGCGAUCAUAUUCGUGGUGGCGAGCAGCAGUUAUAAUAUGGUGAUCAGAGAAGACAAUCAGACCAACCGCCUCCAGGAGGCUCUGAACCUGUUCAAGAACAUCUGGAACAACAGGUGGCUUCGAACGAUUUCUGUGAUUCUCUUCCUGAAUAAACAGGACUUGUUGGCUGAGAAAGUUCUGGCGGGAAAAUCAAAAAUAGAGGAAUAUUUCCCAGAGUUUGCGCGCUACACCACACCGGACGAUGCGACCCCCGAGCUCGGAGAGGAUCCGCGAGUCACACGAGCAAAAUAUUUCAUCCGAGACGAGUUUCUGCGGAUCAGCACAGCGAGCGGAGACGGGCGGCACUACUGCUACCCUCACUUCACCUGCGCCGUCGACACUGAGAACAUCCGCCGAGUGUUCAACGACUGUCGGGACAUCAUCCAGCGCAUGCACCUCCGGCAGUACGAGCUGUUGUGAUCUCCGUGGCAACAAUGGGACACAGUCCGGAACUUUCUACAGUGCCCCACUCCAUCCUGCCCGCCCCCCCCCCCACCUCCCCCGGCUCUGUCCACCAUUUCCCCUGGGCUCCACCCACCGGCCUGCUCCGCCCUAAAAAUCAAACACACAAUGUGUGAACAUCAACUGUCUGUCUGUUUCAGACAAACAGACAGACAGACAGAGGAGAGAAUGAUGGACUGAUGGUGAAGACGGUGACAGAAUGUACUUGUCUUUUUAUGGUGGAAUUUUGGGGAAUCUGAACUCAGAGUCUCAGCGUGUGGAACAGAGAACACCAUGCGCUACAUGACUCACAGGACCCGCUUCUGUAAACAAACAAACAAACAAAUAAACAUUCACAGCGUCUCACACACAGCAAAAAUUACAAA